UUAAAGAUUAACUAAAGUGGCCCUGCCAUGCUUCCUCCCAUCUCGUGCAAGCAAUCGAUUCAUCCUUUUUUACAGAGGAAAAGGGAGAAGAAGAGCAUCCUAUUCCUGCCCAACACCCAGUUACGACAUUUGGAAAACUUCAAAUCUAACUUGGAAGGUAUUACGGAGAGUUAAGAUUUGGCCCUGAGAUGGAGGCAGUAACGCCAGCCAUGAAGUUGGCUUUGGAGGAAGCAAAAAUGGCAUCAGGUGAUUCUUUAAAUGCUGAAUUAUCAGAAAAGACGCCGGUGCUUGGGCUGAGACUUUGGGUUGUGAUUGGCAUUUCUGUUGGUGUUUUGAUCGUGUUCAUUCUCUCAAUCCUCUCCCUAUGGGUCACCUCUCAGCGGAAGACUAGGCGGUCCUUCGAUAAAAUUGUCGUCUCACAAAUCCCCAAUGUGUCAAAAGAGAUUACGGUUGACAGAAUUGGCACUCGUAGCCUCGCCCGGUCGCUUCAAGAGCGCGACGGAGCUUUCCACUCAUCCUAUGACAAGUUCAGUGAGGACUCUGGAAAACUGCUCACCCAUAUGACAGUGAGCAAAUCUAGUGAUGCUGAUAACAUGAGCCAAUGCAGCUCAGCUUACCACAUUGACAGGGCUGGUAGUUCCUAUUCCGGCGAUGAAGGUAGCUCAGGUCAUGCCAGGAAACCGUACUCACCGUAUAGUCUUGUCACCGCGUCUCCGUUGAUCGGUUUGCCGGAGUUCUCACACUUGGGAUGGGGCCACUGGUUUACACUUCGGGAUCUCGAGAAUGCUACAAAUUGGUUCUCCAAGGAAAAUAUCCUCGGCGAGGGUGGAUAUGGAGUUGUUUAUCGCGGACGCCUGAUAAACGGAACCGAUGUUGCAGUCAAGAAGCUUCUGAAUAAUCUAGGCCAAGCUGAGAAAGAAUUCCAAGUGGAAGUGGAAGCUAUCGGCCAUGUCCGACACAAAAAUCUAGUCAGACUUCUGGGAUAUUGCAUAGAAGGAACCCACAGGAUGCUUGUUUAUGAAUAUGUCAACAAUGGAAACUUGGAGCAAUGGCUUCAUGGAGCUUUGCAUCAACAUGGUGUUCUUACUUGGGAACAACGCAUGAAGUCGAUCCUAGGCACCGCCAAGGCCCUUGCCUAUUUGCACGAGGCAAUCGAGCCAAAGGUUGUUCAUCGUGACAUAAAAUCCAGUAAUAUCUUACUUGAUGAUGAGUACAAUGGGAAGGUGUCUGAUUUCGGGCUAGCUAAGCUCUUGGGUGCAGGCAAAAGCCACAUUACUACCAGAGUUAUGGGAACAUUCGGGUAUGUGGCUCCCGAAUAUGCGAAUACUGGACUUCUGAACGAGAAGAGUGACGUUUACAGCUUCGGAGUUUUGUUACUGGAAACGGUGACCGGGAGGGAUCCUGUGGAUCAUGGCAGGCCUGCAAAUGAGGUGAAUCUUGUGGAGUGGCUUAAAAUGAUGGUUGGAAGUAGGAGAACAGAGGAAGUAGUGGAUCCUGUUCUUCAUGUUAAACCGGCUGCUCGAGCUCUUAAGCGCGUUCUAUUGGUUGCUUUGAGAUGUGUCGAUCCUGAGUCGAACAAACGACCUAACAUGGGUCAGGUUGUCCGAAUGUUGGAAGCCGACGAGGAUCGAAGAAGCCGAUGGAACCAUGCAGGAAAAAUGGAGAUUGAGACUGUAACGGAGAGUAACAAUUCAAAUGAUCUGGAAAGUAAAGAAGCAGGUGGAUCAUCAUCGUCAGAGAGAUUGAUAGUCUGAUUAUUAUUUGCAAAAAACAAUUCAGUUAUCAGCUUUGCCCUUUUGUUAGCAAUUCAAGGAAGUUGUAUCAACAACAACAACAACAACAACAGGGCUUGUGACAAUGAAGACAUUGUUUGUGUUUCUCGAGCUUUGCUACAAUUUCUGCUAGCUGCAUAAUAAGGAGAUCUUGGAGAGUCAAAUCAAUGUUUUGCAAUUUCCAGAGUUCAUCCAUAGUCUUCCCGUACAGAUGUCCAUGUAGAAAUUACUUUUUUUCUUAUUUCUUAUAAAGUUAUCACUUGGUUUCUUGGCGGAGUUUCUUAUUGUCCCUCUUACAUUUGUUUUGUAUCUUCAGUUCAUCUUCUCGUAUUUUUCG